UGAGGGAUUUCACUAAAGGGAGGGAAUUGAUUAGACCUGCUGCCACUAGAUUUGCAACAUCAUAUUUGACAUUGUCAUGCCUUAAUGAGUUCAAAGGAGAAUUGAUGGCAAUGUUUUCUUCUGAACAAUGGAGGUGUAGUAAAUUUGCAAAAACAAAAGAAGGGAAAAGAAUUCAUGCCAUAGUUAUGGAUAACAAUGGCUUUUGGCGACUUGUUGUCAAAUGCUUGAAGGCCGCAAUACCCCUUUUAAAGGUGCUUCGCCUGGUUGAUUCUGAUACACCUCCAAUGGGAUUCAUUUUUCAAGAAAUGGAAAAAGCAAAAGAAGAAAUACAGAAAAAUUUCAAUAAUGUUCAAAAGAGUUACAAAGAGAUAUGGGAUAUUAUUGAUGAUCGAUGGGAAAUGCAACUUCAUAGGCCUUUGCAUGCUGCGGGAUACUAUUUGAACCCUUCUAUUCAUUAUGAUCCUUCUUUUGAUCCGGGUUCAGAUAUUAAAUUAGGACUAUAUACGUGUCUUCAACGAAUGGUUCCAGAAGUUAGUGAUAGGAAAAAGAUAGAUAUGCAACUUGAAAAAUUCAAACAAGCAAAGGGACUCUUUGGUAUUGAAGCUGCCAUACUAGCCAGAGAUACUAAACAGCCAGCUGAAUGGUGGGACUCAUAUGGAGAUGACUGUCCUGAAUUGAAAAAAUUUGCUAUAAGAAUAUUGAGCUUAACAUGUAGCUCAUCUGGUUGUGAAAGAAAUUGGAGUGCGUUUGAAAUGGUACAUUCAAAAAGGAGAAAUCGCUUACACCAGAAAAAAAUGAAUGACUUGGUCUUCGUUAUGUACAACUUGAAGAUAAAACAAAAAAGAGCUAAACCAUUGAGUACAAAAGAAGAAAUUGGUUUGGAGAAUUUGUCUUCUGAUGAUGAGUGGUUAGCAGCAGAUUCUGUAGAUUCAGAAAAUGAUAGUGCAGAUUUUGAUGAAGACAAUGAAGGUGAUGAUGAGGUUUCAAGAGUUGCUGCCAAAGGAAAAAGUGUGCUAGUUCAUGAUGUUAGUGAUGAAUUUCAUGAGAAUGAUGAUGGUUCUAAUGAUGAUGAUAGUGAUCGGCCCCCACCUGGAUUUGAGAGAGUUAGGGAUUUCGAUGAUUACACCAUGGAUGUUGAUACUAGGAAGGAUAUAGAUGAUGAAAUGAGAUAUGACAAUGAUAGUGACUAGAUUAGAAGAACUUUAGAAUGGGAAUUCUCUUUUGGAUUUUAUAUUUGUAAUUAGCUAGUUUACCUUAGAUUGAGAAUUCUCUUUUUGAAUUACAUAUUGUAAAUUUGUAGUUAGCUAGUUUUUAUAUGCUAACUAGCCUAACUUAUUUUG